UCUCUCGCCUCCAUCCUAGAAAAAACCCAGCCUCCCUCUCUCUCUCUCUCGCCAGUUGCCGCUCCGCCGCCCCCUCUCUCUCGCCGCGCCGUCUCAACUCUCAGUGAAAAAACAACACUUCAAGAUCGAUAACACCCGCCCCGCCCAACCCGCAUUACCCGCCCCGUUCAACCCAUGGAGCAGGACAACGACGUGUGGCAGGAGCAGAAGCCGAAGCGGCACAAGGGGAAGCACGAUAAGCCGAAGCCAUGGGACGAGGACCCCAACAUCGACCGCUGGAAGAUCGAAAAGUUCGACCCCUCCUGGAACGAGUCUGGCUUGGUUGCAGAGAGCUCUUUCUCCACUCUCUUCCCUGCAUACAGAGAAAAGUACUUGCAAACUUAUUGGGAGAAAGUGAAAGACGCUUUGAAAGUAUAUGGCAUUGCAUGUGAGCUUGAUCUGGUUAAGGGGUCCAUGACAGUGUCAACAACCCUAAAGACUAGGGACCCGUAUAUUAUCAUUAAGGCUAGGGAUCUUAUUAAGCUUUUAUCAAGAAGUGUUCCUUAUGAGAAGGCAGUAACAAUACUGGAAGAUGAAAUGCAAUGUGACAUCAUCAAGAUUGGCAACUUGGUCCGCAGGAAGGAAAUAUUGACGGGCUGCUAUAUUCUCGUUGAGGGCAAUACAGUUUCUGCUAUGGGCUCAUUUAAAGGGUUAAAGCAAGUCAGGAAGAUUGUCGAAGACUGCAUGCUGAAUAAAAUGCAUCCUGUAUACCAUAUCAAGGUUCUUAUGAUGAAGAAAGAGCUUGAAAAGGAUCCAGCACUUGCACAUGAAAACUGGGAUAGAUUUCUUCCGAAAUUCAAGAAGAAAAAUGUUCAACAAAAGAAGGUUAUGACUAAAGAGAAGAAAGAGUAUACACCUUUCCCUCCUCCACAACAACCUAGCAAGAUUGAUGAACAACUGGCAAGUGGAGAGUACUUCCUGUCCCAGAAAAAGAAAACAACAAAGAAGUGGCAAGAUAAGCAGGAGAAGCAGGCGCAGAAAACCGCGGAAAACAAAAGAAAACGAGAAGCUGCAUUUAUAGCCCCAGAGGAGGAGGCAAGAAACCAGGAUACAAGAUCUGAGAAUGAAAAUAACGAUGUGGCAGUCAUGGCCAUGUCUCUAAAGAAAAAGGCCAAGGAGUUUGGGAAGCAAAAAUUGGGUGAGAAUAUCAAUGCUGAAAGUUAUAUUGCAGCAGCUGGGGAGCCUUCGAUGAAGAAAUCCAAGCGCACAGUUUCUUAAAUAUGACGUGUAUCAAUGCUGAUGAUGUGUUUAGAGUAUGAUAAAUUGGAUGGAUGAUCCGGCAUGCCAUGAUUGGUAGAUGCGAGGAAAAUCCAUUAGUCUUAACUUUUUGCCGUGCAUGAGAAGAAAGCUAAUUUGUUGAUUAACAAAAAAAAAAAAAAAAAUACUCUUCAACACUUACAACUUGGAUAUAUAUAUUCUUUCUUUUAAGCUCUUAA